AUGGACGGCAUAGACCCGUGCGACGUGUUUGUCAACGGCCUGGUGGGCGCGCUGGCCGUGCUGUCGUCGCCGAGCUUCCUGGACCGUUGCUGCGAGGCGUCUCCAGUCCUGCGGUCCUCGGUCCGGCUGCCCCCGUCCGCCGAGAGCGAGGGGGACCGGGUGGUGAGGGCACUGGACCAGUUCCCCGCCGAAGACCUGCUGCCGGCGAUCUGGCGGGCAGCGCUGCGCAGCCAGCCCGCCCAGGCGCGCAGCGGGACGGCUGCAGAGGCUCAGUGGCUCCUGGACUGCCCGCUGGUGCCUGGCGUCGACCUGUGCGGCCGCACCGUGCAGCUCGCCCCUGACUCCCCCGUCCCAGGGGUGGGCUUCUUGCAUCUCAAGGACGCGCAGGGGCCCGGGGGUGCCAGCCAGUACAGCCUGCGCAACGGGACGCUCGUUGGGCCGGGCGCGCCCAUCGCGAUCACGGGCGGGGAGAUGCCGGUCAUGUCGGGUGCGGACGACGCGGAGGCCACCGAGAUCGGGCGCGUGCCGUUCACCGUCCACAUCAACUGCCUGCUCGUCGUCAACACGUCGCGGCCGGCCAUGGUCUCGGGCGUCAACGUGCUGCUGCAGCACGAGCGCCCCCCGCCCCACACCAACCGUGGGGUGCUGUUGUAUGAAUCAGGGCCCGUCUACUUCGACUCGUGCAACCUGACGUACGUCAGGGUGCAGCGGACGGCGGCAGGGCAGCCGCAUGGCGGUGUGGAGCAGGGCGCGGUGGCGGUCGAUGCCGCAGGGCAAGUGCACGCGCAGGGUCUGUGA